AAUAUUAUCAGCAAAUUUUUUGGUUUAAAAAAUAUCUUUACAGGCUGCCAUCUUGGAUCAUAUUGGAUCAUAUUGAUCAGAAAUUACCUACUCGAGGGACAGGUGGUACAGGUAGUUUUGGGCCGCUCGCUCGGUACCAGGCACUCAAAGAACUUUAGAACACGUGAUCAAAACAGGAUCUGAGAGAUGCAGGUUCCUCGGUGCAAGUUGUUGUUGUAGGUCAGUUGGAUGUGAUUUGCACGGCAAAAUGCAUUUCUCCGUGCCCGAUACCGUCGAACUAAAGGACAAAAAUGGAUCCAAUUAUUUAGCUUACAAUGUACACAUUAAUGGUUCUUUUCACUGUGGUAUUCGAUUUUCGGACCUUUAUCAAUUUAGUGAGCAGCUGCGCAAAGAAUAUGGGCCACGGAUUACAGCAAAGUUUCCUCCAAGGAAGUUACUGUCCUUGACCCCAGUGCAGGUUGAAGAGAGGCGAGCUCACUUGGAGAAGUAUCUACAGGGUAUUUGUCAAGAUCCUGGGAUUGCUUCAAGUUCAAUUUUUGUGGGUUUUUUCCUUAAUGCUCAAAAGGAGUCAUUGAAAGCAUCUCCAGAGGAUGUUCAACUUGAUGUUUAUCUGAUGAAUGGACAGAAGGUUGCAUUGACGAUUCAGUCUACUGACAGAACAGAUGAUGUACUUGAGGCAUUGAUGGCAGAGAUUGGUCUUCAUGAAGAUCUGGUCUACUACUUUGGACUCUUUCUGAUCAAAAGAGCAGACGACGGAGAGGCAGCCAUUGUCAGAAGAUUUCAAGACUUUGAAGCACCUUUUCUGACAAUCAAGCAAGAAACAGGAACCUGCAGAGUGGCUGUCAGAAAAACGCUUUGGGAUCCAAAAAUAGAAGACAAGAUCACUCAGGACAGAAUAGGAAUGAAUCUAUUGUAUGUGCAGGCAGUCAGUGAUUUAGAGAAAGGUUGGACAGUUGGCUCCAAGGAGGCUCAUGCAAAACUGGCAGAACUCAAAAAGAAAGGUGAUAAACUUCAGUUUUUGCGACUUGCAAGAUCACUAAGAUUCUACGGAUACCUUCAGUUUAAACCUUGCAUCACAAAUUACCCUGAAGAAGAUACAAGAGUUAUCAUUAGUGUUGGUGACAGAGAACUGAACUUCAGACUUCAAACUCCAGAUCACAAAAUACAAGAAGGCAGCUUCAAGGUGACAAGAAUGAGGUGUUGGAGAAUAACAGCAUCGAGUGACAUUAAUGAAAAUGGAAAACAGGAGGAACACUUGGAACUAGCCUUUGAAUAUCUCAUAAGGAAAGACCAGAUGGAAUGGAUAACAAUCUACAGUGAUCAGGCAAUCCUGUUGAGCCUUUGCCUUCAGAGUAUUGUCGAUGAAAUCCUCAGAAUAAAAAACGGAAAACCAAUUAAAAGGCCUAAAGAUCGUGCAAAGAUGAAGAAGGAAGCAAGUCCAGGUUUUGAGCGUACCAAUUCUGUGACAUCUGAUGCAUCGACAGAGGGUGACGUAGAACAAGAGAGCAAAACUGUGAAUGGUUCAACUUCUCCAUCCACAAGUCCAGAAGCUAGACAGAAACAGAGUUCACCGGGAAAACCAAAAACAUCCAAACAAUCGGCAGGUAAAGGACAAUCACCCAAACCGGCAACUGCUCCGUCAAGUAAUGCUGCCAUGACAACAAACAAGGUGUUUGAAGGGAUUGGAGACGACGACCUUUGAACUUUGAGCUUGUUGAAAGGUUACAUGGUUAGAGUAAUAUGACUUCUAGCUUUUAUAUUUUAUAAGUCAGGCUUUCAUUUUAUAUUGAAAAAAUUAUGUAUUAUAUAAUAAUGGUAGAUUUGUUGAGAGCCAAUCAGGCAAAAGAUAAAAGUGUUUAAAAUUACCUGUGUGAAGCUAUUGAUUGCACUGAAUGUUAUAAAUCACUGUAUUUUCUUCGCACCGCUAUAGCCAUCUGAACAAUUAAACCAAAGCCUAUGUUCAAAGUCUGACGAUUAGGGGAAACAAAUAUUGAUCACAACAUGUAUGGCAUUUGUUGAGGUGGUGAGAGGCGGUCUUUGCACGCAGUUUAUGAUUUUGGAUCAAAAUGGUGAAAUAAUUGUGCUAAUUUUUACUAUUCUUAAUUUUCACGACAAAUUUAUGUACGUUAAGCGCAGAUGCAUUUGAGGUCAAUUGCAGAUUCUUUCAAAAUAUUAUUCUGGGAAAUUUACCAAAUUAUGUUUAUUGUUAAAAAUUGUGGCAAGAAUUUGUUUAGGUCUGGAACAAAUCAGUUACAAUUAUUAUAAUAAUAUAGAUUAAACUCAGGGGUUCGUUUUUUAUGAUGGUAGAAUGUGACACCCUAAGAAACAGCUAGAAAAACAAGAUUUAUGUGGCUUUAAAACAGAAGUUUCUAUUAUUAGGCUAAAUAUAUUUUAAUUACUCGUUUUCAGUCUUGUGGUGAACGUUUUGUACCCAAUUAUAUUUUACAUUUUGUGUGAGGUUUUGAAGAUAAAUAGGGUUGAUGUUAUUAGUGACUGCAGGGCUCUAUAAAAGGAAAUUUCUGAUUGUACCAUUUCUCAUCUCCAGCCGGCUGGACCGGUCAAUUUGUAGAAAUGGUUUUAGGUGAAUAGAUGCUAGCUUAGCCAGCUGUUUCAGUUAAGGUGGAAGCCAGAAAACGUUGGAGUUUUGGCAGCUUGAGCUCAUGAAAUGAAAUGGCACUGAGUUUCUUUCGUUCUUGCAAAAUGGGCACCCAUCACUUCGUCUCACCAAAAACCUUGUUCUUUUUGACUUGUCAAACUCAGAUAAAUUUCUAUUCUGUUGGCAUUAUACUUCAAUGUUUGCAAGGGUCACUGACAGUGCAAGCUAUUAAGGAGCUUAAGCAAUGACGACGGCGACCCCGAGGACAACGCCUAGUAAAAAAUGAAUUCUAUUUUACCUUUGAUUUUCGCUAUUGUCUAAAUCUGUUUAGUGCGCCUAUUGGUCUGAAAACUUGCUCAAGCUAAAUAUGUAACGCUAGCGUUCGAUUCCAAAUGAAAAUACGAAAAAUUAGUCGCCGU